GAUCGCGUCCGUCCCCGCGGCGGCGGUCUCACUUUGUGUGACUGAAAGAGAAGGGAUUUCUGAGACGAUGGAGCCCCUGUCACAGAGGUUCCACCACCCAGGACCACAACUGAGCUGUGACCUCAGAGAGAAGCUGCAGUAUUCACGGCAACUGGAUCUUCCUGCACCUUAUUUGUUUGUUGCUUAUGCUAAGGAGAAUGAAGGAGACCAGGAUAUAGUGGCCUUGCUCUGUAGGUUUGGCUUUAUGAUGCCAGUGACGUUUGAUGAGGUAGCCGUGUACUUCUCUGAAGAUGAAUGGGCUCUUUUGGAUGAAAAGCAGAAGGAACUCUACAGAGAUGUCAUGCAGGAGAAUUACGAGACUCUCCUCUCGCUGGGUGAGCAGUUGCUCUAGUCCCCACAGUGUAGA